UCAUCAUCAUCAUCAUCAUCACCGGCAGCAGCAGCAGCAGCAGCAGCAGCAGCAGCAGCAGCAGCAGCACCACCACCACCUCAGAAGCCCAUCCCCUAGCGUCCGUCCCGGGAAUGUACCCUGUAUGCGCAUGGGCGGAGAAACUGCCGCUGUGCGCUGUUAUUAUUGUAAGAGUAAUUUCUUUUUUACGAAAAUGGCGUCUAGUCAGGGAGGUGUGGGAGCUGUCACGGCGCUACAAAGCCAUCACUACUCUAGCGGACCUCACUGGAGCCCGGGCAUCAGCCAGUUUCAGCAGCACCAGCAGCAGCACCACACGGCCCGCAGCCUGGACCGGGCUCUGGAUGAUGCCGUGUGCUCGGGGAUACUGAACCUGAGCGGUAGGAAGCUGAGAGAGUACCCGGGGAUGAGCUACGAUCUGACCGAUACAACACAAGCAGAUUUGUCCAAGAAUCGCCUCACAGAAAUCCCCCCAGAAGUGUGUCUGUUCGCCCCCCUCGAGUCGCUGAACCUCUACCACAACUGCAUCAAGUGCAUCCCAGAAGCUAUCAUCAAUCUGCAGAUGCUGACUUAUCUCGACAUCAGUCGAAAUCUCCUGUCGGUUUUGCCAAAAUAUCUGUUCAACCUCCCCCUCAAAGUUCUGCUCGUGAGCAACAACAAGCUUGUGUCCAUCCCCGAGGAGAUCGGCAAGGCCAAAGAGUUGAUGGAACUGGAUGUGAGCUGUAAUGAGAUCCAGGUGCUGCCAGCUCAGGUGGGGAGGCUUCACGCCUUACGAGAACUCAACAUCAGGAAGAACUGUCUUCACAUGCUGCCUGAGGAGCUGGCUGACCUGCCCCUCAUCCGACUUGACUUCUCCUGCAAUAAGAUCACAGAGAUUCCUCCGGCCUAUAGGAAACUCAGGCAGCUGCAGCACAUCAUCCUAGACAACAACCCUAUGCAGUCUCCACCCGCACAGAUUUGUCUCAAGGGCAAAGUGCACAUAUUCAAGUACCUGAACAUCCAGGCGUGUAGGAUGGACAAGAAACCAGACACCCUGGACCUCCCUUCCCUCGGCAAGCGCUGCCUUCCACAGCCACUUACAGAUAGCAUGGAAGAUUUUUAUCCCAGUAAGAACCACGGGCCUGACUCUGGAAUUGGUAGUGACAAUGGUGACAAGAGGCUGUCUACAACAGAGCCUUCAGACGACGACACUGUCAGCCUGCACUCUCAGGUUUCAGAGACAGCCCGUGCUGAUGCCCUCUCACUCCUCUCCAAAAUGGACUCUUGCAAAGAUCAGGAUCUCUAUGACUUUAUAGAGCCCAACCCUGAUGAGGAUCCUGCUCUGUCAGAGUGUGAUGGACAGCAGAGCAGCCAUGUGUCUUGUAUAAAGGAACUGGAGAAAGUUCUUAACAUGUCCCACCAAAGCAAAGAUAAAGACAGCUGGAAAGAGGAGUCAGGUUCUGACAAGGAGCAGCUGGUUGAGGAAGAGGAUGAUGAGCUGAAAGAAGUGCUGGAUCUGAGGAAGAUUGCCGUUCAGCUUUUGCAGCAGGAACAGCAGAAUCGACGACGGUCCUUAAUUUGCAGAGCAGAGAGUCUUAUUCACCGACGGAGAGUGACCGGCCGGGCACACAGGUUCCUCAGUCACUCUGGAAGCUCCAGCAGCAAACCAAGGCCUCCGCCUCAGACCGCUCGAAGUGCUUCUCUGGAUGAAGGAAGUGGCGGAGCAACAGUGCUAAGUGGACAGCCUUCCUCUUCCUGCUCCUUUGACGGUAGCCUGAAGACAGAUCAGUCAGAUUCAGAGCCAAAAUGGCCUGAAGUCCCGCCUGUGCUCAAUCAGAAUGAAGACCGCAGGAGGAACAAGUACUUGAGAAAGGAUUAUCUAAAGUACAAGUGUCAGAGUGCCCGGAAAAACUCCAGUGGGAAUGACGACUGUGAGGAAGGGUUGCGCAACAGCGAUUUCAGCACCACUUUGACAGUGUUUGGUCUAAAGCCAAGAUCAGCCUUCACCAGAGGAAGCCGUCAGGAGUACAGCUCAACAGACCCCAGUUUCACUAUGAGGAGGAAGAUGGAGCACUUGAGAGAGGAAAUGGAACAGAUAGGACUCUUGCGGCAGAACAUCGAGUCCAGACUGAAGGUGUUGCUCCCAGACGAUGUUGGAGCUGCUCUAAUGGAUGGGGUCGUCCUUUGCCAUUUAGCCAAUCACAUUUGUCCUCGGUCUGUUGCCAGCAUCCAUGUGCCAUCGCCCGCAGUGCCAAAGCUUAGCAUGGCUAAAUGCCGUAGGAAUGUGGAGAACUUCUUGGAUGCCUGUAAGAAGCUGGGUGUUCCACAGGACAAGCUGUGUCUGCCCCAUCACAUCCUGGAAGAGCGCGGUCUGGUGAAGGUGGGAGUGACUGUCCAGGCUCUGCUGGACCUGCCCGCGUUGAAACCAACACAACUGUCAGCAGUUUGACGCAAGCCUGAAUGUUGCGUCCAACCUGCGGUCAUCCAGUCAACCCCUGUCCCCAGCCCAAACCCACACCAUAUUGCCAGGGACCAGAGAGCCCCUCGGGGUGAGGACCCAGUGGGCGGUGGGUUUUUGGGAGUCUGCUUCUGCCUGACUGAAACAGGAGACAGGCGGCUGAAAUACCUCUGUCCUCCCAUAUGAUGUCAGCUGCCACCCACUUCCUGUCCAUCGCAUUUUCAUUUGUAUCCUGUUCGUGUGUGGACUAAUGUGUGUGGACUUGAAAUGUGACUGUGUGUUUUCCUGAGCUGCACAGUUUGGACUUGCCGGGCAGAGACAGACAAGACAAAGGGUCAUUAGAAAGACCUGCACAUCCCUCUCAACAUGCUCAGUGAUUAUUGAGCCUGCAAGUGCCAGUGUUGACAACAUUUCCAUGCAGGUGUUGAACACAUAGGCGGUGAGGAGAGGACAGACAUGUAACUCACUCUUUCACUAAAGAGACAUAAGCUGCACGCUGGCCUCCUAACCCUAAACCUCAAGUGGUUCUUACACUCUUGAGUUUCUCUUCUUUUUUGUGCAACUGAUUUUUAUCAUGAAAAUUCAUUUUUGAAUUUAUUAGGAUUCUGUUUUUUACAUGUUUACAUCAGGUCCCUACUGUACCUUUUUUUCAGCAGCCAAGCCUGAUUCAUAAGUAGUUUUGAUUUGCUGGGCAAUAUUGCAUUUGAGGAAUCAUCUCUCCUCUUGCUCUUGGAGGCUUUCCUCUGAGAAGGAGCUAAUUAUAGAUGUGGCAACUCAGUGGGAGUCACGCUAUAGUAGGUGUGUUUUUCACAUCUUUAAACUACUGUCUACUGUCUAACUACAAAUCAUGUGCAAACCUGUCUUUCUCAAUACACACCUGCAUGCACCAGGACAAGGUGACAUUUGACCACUGUGAGAACAUGUUUGGCUGUUGCCAAAAGCAUGACGGUCCAGUUUUGUAGCGUUUUUCCAGUUUACAAGCAAGGUUUCUGUUUUUGAAAAAUAGUAUUCUAACUUUUCUAAAGGUUUUAUACUUUCUUCCCAAUCAUCAAUCGUCAUUCAGUUCAGAACCUGGGUUUGCCACGUUAUACCCCAAGCAGCUAGGAUUUUAUUACUUUGCAUACGCUCAGAUGAAACAUGUUAUACUGUAUUUGUUUGUGAGUGGAGGGGUCUGAGUGAUGAGCCUCUAGUAAGAGGUCAUCACUCCUGCAAACUACCGGCCCACCCUGCUGUUUGCGGUUUCUGAUACAGUUAAUUAUUUCAGGGAAAUGAAAUUAUUUAUGUAUUUAUUCACUUGUUCUAUAUUUAUAUGUUGUUGCUUUGUGUGUCUUAACCCUGACUAACUGUUCAGGUGUGGCUGAGCAGUUAGUAUCUCUUAUUUUUUCUGUAUCUAGGAUGUCAAACUGAGGAACUCCAGUGUCUGUGAGAAGCACUCAGUCUGGAAGCUUAAAACAAAUAUUUUGACUUCAUUUGUCAAUAUAGCAGACAUCAGUGCUGACAGCACAAGAGAGGCUUAAUUCUGUUACAAACAUUGAGCAAGAGUUGAACAUAUUCACAUGAUCUUUAUGGACUUCAUGGAUUUGUAAACAGAAAAUUCAAGUUAUGUGACAGUAUAAGAGAAUCUGCUAAUUUAAUCACCCUAUUUAUUUAGCCUUUUGUAUUUUAAAAUCACUUUGUCAUCUGUUGCUUAUUUAUUAAUUCAUUUUUCUAGGGGGCAAAAUUUCUUGACAGGUGGUUGGCAUGAGAGUCAUGAUCGGAUCAAACACACCAUUUGAUGUUGUGUGUGUGUGUGUGUGUCUGUGUGUGUGUCUGUGUGUGUAAAGUUACUGAGUAAUCAUUAUUCAUGCUCCAUUACUCCAUUUCUCACAUAGCCACAGAGCAUACUGAAUUUGAAAAUGCACCUCUAAAGAGAAAUGAAUGACCUGUCUUGGCCUCUAUCAGAGAUACGUUGUUGGCACAUUGACAUAACAUCAAUUAAAUAUCAAUCAAACGACCUCUGACUAUGGCACAGGCUUUGCGAGUUCAACUAGGCUCACGAAGCAGAGUUUUGUGUCAUCAUAUUCAACAGCCUUGUAACAUCUAAAAACAUGACAUAUACUGUGCCUUAAAAGAGGGGUAUCUUUAAUUAUUUCAGGUUUAUAAGUUUAUUAAAUGCAUUUUUUUUUCUUUUUAACCCAUGCAUUAUGGUUUUAACAAUUCUCUGUACUUCUGUUUUCACCUACAAGUGAACAGGAUGUUUUAGACUUUAUUUAACAAAAGCGCCGUCUCUGCUGUAACUUGUACGUCCCAUGGAUGUCCUGAUAUGAAUACUGUUCAUGAGAACCUCGCCAUUGUAUUCCAAAGAACAGGUACGACUGAGAUAUAAAAAGAAAAAAAAAAUCAGACAGGCCUUGCAGUUUAUCAGGCUUCCAGUGAAAAAAUUAUGCACAAAUCAUCACAAUCACAAGUCACACCUGUCUCUUCUUCAGAAAAUCACAAUGAAUGAUAUCAGUGUUGGGCUACGUGCACUCACUCAAAAACAGUCUGCCUCUGGAAAUAGCCUCGUCCAUUACACAGUUUUCUGUUGCUGCACACACGCCAUCUUUUAUGGCCCUGGCUGCCAUAUAUUUAUCAAUCGAGCAGCUUUUAAUGGAUAGACACAUUUCUAACAAUACUAAAAGUGCAUCGUUCAUCUAUUACGAAACACAAGCAGAUCAUUUGAAAAAUAAACUCAGAAUUGUAGCAGACACAGCUUUGUUAGAAUCACUGAAGCUGGCUGGCUCAGCUUAACAACAAGAGUCACACAGGGAAAGCAUUAUUACUGAUGGCACCACUGUGACUUCUCACUAUCUUCAUCAGUCUAAAAUUACAAGUUCAGAGACAACGAAAAACUUGAAAUGAUGCAUGACCUACCUCAGGUUUGCUGUGUCAAAUUUUGGGUGUUUUAGAUUUAGAUGGUUUUUGUGAUGAAAAUUUAAAAAUCGCUCCGGAUGCCUAAAAAUGAUGUUCACUUACUGCCGUAUCUUGCUGUAGGUAUGCAAUAUUGUCCCAUAUGUCGCUGCAUGUAUUCAGUUGUCUUGGGUUUUCCAGAUAACACAGGGUUAAUUUAUGUGAGAUCAGUGAAAAGCUUGAAAGAAACAAAUUCAACUUUGCAGAGGUUGAAAUUGAAUACAUUUUCAUGAUAGCUUCAUAGUGAGUGAGAGGAGGCACGAAAGAAAGAAAGACCUACCAGAAAGAGAACAGUGUGGCAAAAUGAUCGUACUGUUGUGGUGAACCAUGUCGGAUUAAGGUGAAUAAUAUAAUGUGUCAUAGGAGAGGAGCACAAACAAAUUAAAAUGAUCUCUCCUGAGGAAAGAGGUUGAAUCACGUGAACCAAGUAUGACCUUCUCUUAACAUCAGAACCAUUGUGAACCUUGGUUUAGCUUUUAUCAGCUUCAUAAAACAUAAAACAGUAGUAACAUGAAACCCUUUCCCCACAGGAAAACCCUGAAAACUCUUUGUCUUUGUAACAGUGGCAAUUACCAACAUUUCAUACACCUAUAGACAUGGCAGACAUGACUCACAUCUUGUGUAAUGUUCUUUUUGUUUGUUUUUUUAAAAAUAAUUUCUUAUUUAUUUUUUUUAUAUCCAAGGUGAUGGGCAAUCUAUGCUGGGGCAUGUUUUUUUCUCCCUUUGUGUAUUUAUUCUGGUGAAAGUUGGCUUUCUUUCCUUUUUGAUUCUAUUUUUCAUCUGUCUGUUUUCCAUCAAAGUUAAUUUCCUCAUUAACUCACACACAUGCUGGUACAUGCAGGCUGGAAUUCCAAUUAAUAAAGAGAUGUUGUUGGGCACCCUUAUAAAUAAGUUCAAUGCAUUGAAGGUAAGUGUGGGGCUCUCGCCUCCUUCCUCUGAUGUCUAUGCGAGGCGGCACCUCCCAAGAUUGAUUGGCUGUUUUCUGUUUGUAUACCUGUGCUUGUGUCACCACACUGAUGCCUUAUUCUUGUUUUACCAGCUAACAAUGCUGUGCGUUACACUAUCCCUUUCAUUCAUCACUUUUAGUGUAAAUAAUCCCGUACCAAAACAGAUUCAGCGGAAGCAUUACCAUGGCAAUUAUCAACAUUUAUGGUCAGAUGUCUGCUGAUGCAUCGAUGACACACACACACAAGCACGCAAGCAAGCAUAGACAGACACACACACACACACACACACACACUGCUCCGGCAAAACUUGUAUUAAGAGUAUUCAGAUAGUUUGUGUACUGAUUUCCAAUCAGAAUAUUAAAUAUCACAUACUGUGUGAUUGCAUGUUUAGCUGUGGUUGCUAUGCCUUUGUUUGAAGGAUCGAUACACACUGUUAAAUCAUCUUAAAACAGCAGUCACAUUAAUACCUGUGCAUAGUACAUAUGCUGACACACUUUAGAGUGGCUGUAAUCAUUUGUCCUGUUUAAACUGGCCAUAAAGAAAUCCUCACACCAAUGGUUUCUGAAGUUCAGCCAAAGCUAAAUUAAGGCUGCAUCAUUUGGGUAUCUUCAAAAUGUAAUCGUUUUAUUGCGACAUUUCUCUUUUAGUACAAUACAGUUAUUGCUGAGUUGUGGCUGCGAAAAAGACUGUAACUACUCUGACUCCUUAACUUUAGCUGAACUUUAAGAAGUUUUCCUUUUUUUUUUCUGUGAGUUUCUGUCCCCCAUCACUUACCUAUAGAAAGGGGUUUCUUCAUGGCCAGUAUGGACUGAAUGAAAGUUUGUAGCAACAGAAAAUUCGGGCAUGUGAGUGUUGUUUCAAGACUGACUUGAAAAAAUGUGAACCUAUCCUUAAAAAAGGUUGGCUCUGCUUCAAGGAGGUGGAAAUCAAACAGUAUGUAGAACUUCUGUUAAUCAAAAGUUGUAGCUGAUUGUCAUUUUUAUACAUUAAUGUGUGUGUCGUCAUCUGUGAACAUAGUGUUUUACCUCAAGAACAGUUCUAUCCAGUUCUUGGUUCAGUUCUUUUGUACAGAUUCGACAAACAGAUAGGUUUGACGGAGGGUGUUUUAUGAGGCCUGGGAGCAAGUUUGCGUGUUUUUGAGGAAAAGCAAUGUAUAGAAUGUUUUUCGUUAUGCUGUUACGUGACACUCCCUUUACAGCACACUUGCAACUUAAUGAACAUUCAGCAAUACCUGCAACAUGGAGUCAAACUGGCACAUCAUUUUCUACAGAUAGUGGUGCUGAUCUCUGUUUUGCAAUGUGUAUGUCAUAAAUCCAUUGCACUACAACUACACCUGUACCUGUAAUUGGUUCAUGUGCCACAACAGAUAUCAGGAAUUUUGCUUGUUAUGAUUUAACACUUGUCAUCUCAUCCAAAGAAAACAGUGAAACAGUGAGACAUGUCUAAAUACUACACUGCCGAGAACAUUUAAAACUCAUGUAUACAAGCUUUUUGUAUUUUAAAACAAGUCAAAUGCAUGCAAGGAUACUGAAUGAACCUGUAUAUAUCAUCUGUAUAAAUUCCAGGGUUUUCUUAAAAAGCAAACGUGGUCACUAUAAAAUAAAGUCAAAUUCUUUGCA